AAUAAUCAGAUGAAAUAAUCAGAUCAAAAAAUUGAUCAAUUUUUUGAUUCCCUGAAAACUACCACUAUUAAUUUAGUCGUACAUUAUUUGAAUAAGACAAUACGUCUACUGAGCAAUUGAUGAAUAACUUUCAACAUUUUCUAACCUCGUAAUUUCUCACCCCAGCAGGAUUUUUCUCAUGUCAACUUUUAAUAACAUGUUAUAUUAUGUAGAUUAGCUCUUGGUAAUAAUCUAUUGAUAAUAAACGCCAAUAAUUUCAUCAUACAAUCAUUGCCAUCACCCACCAUUAUUAUCAAUAAAUUCAAUUUAUAAUUGAUAUUACGAAAAAUACGUGUGAGUGAAAACUGUGGAAAACUGCCUGCAGCCUGCCUCAACCUGCCUGCCUGCUGCUAUAUUGGAUAAGAUGGCCGCCGCUACUGUAAAACAGGGAAAACAACUAGUGAAAUAUGUUCUGGGAACAUGCAUGCCCUCGGCAAAGGGUAAUGCCGCGAGGAUAAAAGUGCGACGAUUUGAACUCGAUAAAAAUCUCCUCAUGUAUUGGAAUGAAUUCGAAUACCUCUUUGCUCACGAUCCAAACAAACUCUGUAAAACUGGAGAUACUGUUUUAAUUCAACAAUUACCUGAGAGGCUGACUCGUCUCAUUACUCACAAGGUUGUUGAAGUUAUUUAUCCCAUGGGCGAUAUCACAGAUCCAGUGACUGGGAAAAAAGUUGUUGUCAGUAAAUACAGAGAUGAAAUCAAAGAAACCAACGAAUUGUAUGGAGAGUCUGAGAGCGCGUUCAAUUACGAGGAGAGGCCCCCUCGAGGUAGCCUGGAAGAUAAACUCGACUUUUCUCACAAACCCAGUUACAUUAAAUACCACGAAGACCCCGAUAAACCCCAGCCAUACGCAGUAUAAUAUAAUCGAUAAUGUAUUAAAAAAAAAACCUCAACAGUAGUCAAUAAACCACCUAAUAUCCAAUUGUCUAUUUUCGUUGCAAUAGAAUUGAAUAGAAUUGCAAUUCUUUAAAAAAUUUAUUCUCACUCAUACGAGAUUACAAAUUGAUUCGAUUCACCAUUAAAAUCAACUAAACGUGAAAUAUAUAAUAAUAAUAAUAAUAAUGUCAAAAACGUAUUUCCCUUGGUAGAAAUUUAAAUCCAUGUAAAUGUACAAUUUUGAUAACAUGAUUGAGUGGAUAAUGGAAUAAAAACUCGACAUUGUACAAUUA